UGUGGUGACGAAGUAUUAUUUCAAGCACCUGGUUGAAAAUAUUUGGUCGUGGUUUGGUGAAUGGCGUUAGAAAUUAUAACUUCUCGGAGACUGGCAUAUCUGCAUUAUCGCACGUGCAAAAGGUAAUGUAACUAGCUAUUGGUUACGUUGGUGGUUAAACUGGUUUGAACGGUUAAAAAUGUGCAUCAAGUUGCGGAGAUCAACCAGUGUAUUGUCCGUUCAAUUAUUGCUUCAAUCCGAGAUGAAACGUACAGUGGGCGUGGCUCCCUAUUUUCGUUUGGACUAGCUAACGAACAUCGGCAGCAGCUAAAUCAGGUGAGGCUGCACUCAUUCACCACAAAAAAAUCUGAUGAGGAUGACUAAAACUCCAGUGACCACAGCUCGAGCCCGAGGAGCAAGGGGGAUAUGAACCACAGUUGCUCAAACGCUUCGGAGGAGCCAGUGUGGUCGGCGAACGGGAAGACAGACUCCACAAAACAUGCUGAUUUCCCCUCACAUUGCGAAACCGUACACGAAAAUGUUCCACAACUGGUGGUCACGUGUGACUCGAGCAGAAUUGAAUUGGAGGCCAUGAGGAUUAGCGGGCUCUCGGUUGGAUCUCAUCCCGACGAGGAGUCGUUUUGUUCGGACAGUGGGUUCGGGAGCUCCCCCGCGUCUCUUCUCCUCAGAAAACUGUCAAACGCCUCAUCGUCUGUGUUGUCACCAGCCUCGUCUUUUGAAGAAAAUGAGGACGACCGCGGCUGUCCUGAUGAGGUCCCUCGGAGUGUCACAUGGAAGAAACCCAGAAGCACAGGGACCUCGUCUCCCCUCUCAGUGCCCCCCAAGAAGCCACAGCCCUGGGUGCAAGUAGUCGGACAUGCAGGGAGUUUCCAUGCAGGGGACUAUGGGAUGCUGCUGAAGCGCUACACUGAGGGAGAGCAAAAGUGCCUGCAGAGGCUAAUGGAGGACUCUCUGAGACCCUUUGUGCCAGGCUACCAUGGAGUGGUGCAGCGUGCCGAGCAGGACUACAACAUGAUGGACGACCUGCUCACACACUUCAACUCCCCUGCCAUCAUGGAUUGCAAGAUGGGCACCCGGACAUACUUGGAAGAGGAGCUGGCGAAGGCUCGGGAGCGGCCCCAGCCUCGUCAGGACAUGUAUGAGAAGAUGGUGGACGUGGACCCAGAGGCCCCCACUACAGAGGAGCGAGCACUACAGGCAGUACUCAAGACCAGAUACAUGCAGUGGAGAGAGACCCUAAGCUCCACCACCACUCUGGGCUUCCGCAUCGAGGGACUCAAGAAGGCUGAUGGUGUGUGCAACACAGACUUUAAAAGGACCAAGAGCAGAGAAGAGGUGAUGCAGGCACUGCAGGACUUUGUGGGUUGCAACACCCUCAUUCUGGAUUAUAGAUCUCUUUCUCUUCUCUUUCAGAAGGGAUAUCUGAGACGAAUGAAGGAUCUUCGACUGGUGUUGGAGACAUCCAUCUUCUUCAGAACACACGAGGUGGUGGGCAGCUCCCUACUAUUUGUGCAUGACAGUACAGGGAAGACAGGAGUAUGGAUGAUUGAUUUUGGGAGGACUGUCUCCCUGCCGCCGCCUCUCACCCUGGACCACCGCACCCCCUGGAUAGAGGGCAACCGAGAGGAUGGGUACCUGUGGGGGCUGGAUAACCUCAUUGAUGUCCUGACCGAUAUGCUGCAUCUCACCUGAACCUCACUCUUGAAUGAUUGACACAGGACCUCGUCCCAACCAAAACACCCUUUCCCACAUGAACCAAAUCCGAAUGGCCAUUUCAACUUUUACCUGAGAGGGUUGACAAACGAGAGACUGUUCACAUAUUGGACUCGGAUUCUAUGUUGGGCUUUAGGGGGUACUGGACUACCGUCUGUGGCUAUAAUGAAGGCAAUGGGAGAGGAACAGAGGUGUAUGUGGUGGACAAAGGAAAAUAAUAGCACUAGUUCCUCAGAAGAAUUAUACUACAGCAAUGCAAAAUGAAACACUGCCCUUUUAUCAUCUUCCUCAUAAUCCCUCCCCCAAACAAAUUCUGCCAUUUUGUUCUAUUACAAUUGUACUUAAUACUCAUUAGCUCUAAGUGUUUCUUACUCCAGGUUUGAGGGCUGUAGGAACUAAACAAUUAAUGUUGAUACUAUACUAUUAUACAUAAUGGAGUGGCCCUUAAUAGAGGACUCGUAAAACCUCUGCGAACUGUGUUAAUGAACACUGCCUUCAAGUUUGUUUAUUAGUCAUAUACUCAUGAUAUACAGUGCAUUCGGGAAGUAUGCAGGCCCCUUGACCUUUUUCCACGUUCUGUUACAUUCCAGCCUUAUUCUAAAAUGGAUUCAAUAUUUUUUUCCCUCAAAUCUACACACAAUACCCUCUAAUGACAAAGCAAAAGCAGGUUUUUAGAAUUAUUUGCAAAUGUAUAAAAAUUCAAACUUAUAUCACAUUUACAUGAGUAUUCAGACCCUUUACUCAGUACUUUGAAGUACCUUUGGCAGCGAUUACAGCCUCGAGUCUUCUUGGGUAUGACUCUACAAGCUUGGCACACCUGUAUUUAGGGAGUUUCUCCCAUCCUUCUCUGCAGAUCAUCUCAAGCGCUGUCAGGUUGGAUGGAGAGCAUCGCUGCACAGCUAUUUUCAGGUCUCUCCAGAGAUCAAUUGGGUUCAAGUCCGGGCUCUGGCUGGUCCACUCAAGGACAUUCAGAGACUUUUCCCAAAGCCACUCCUGCGUUGUCUUGGCUGUGUGUUUCGGUCGUUGUCCUGAACCUUCGCUCCCAGUCUGUGGUCCUGGGCGCUCUAGAGCAGGUUUUCAUCAAGGAUCUCUCUGUACUUUGCUCUGUUAAUCUUUCCCUCAAUCCUGACUCGUCUCCCAGUCCCUGCCGCUGAAAAACAUCCCCACAGCAUGAUGCUGCCACCACCAUGCUUCACCUUCGGGAUGGUGCCAGGUUUCCUCCAGACGUGACACUUGGCAUUCAGGCCAAUGAGUUCAAUCUUGGUUUCAUCAGACCGGAGAAUCUUGUUUCUCAUGGUCUGAGAGUCCUUUAGGUGCCUUUUGGCAAACUCUAAGUGGGCUAUCGUGUGCCUUUUACUGAGGAGUGGCUUCGGUCAGGCCACUACCAUAAAGACCUGAUUGGUUGAGUGCUGCGGAGAUGGUUGUCCUUCCGGAAGGUUCUCCCAUCUCCACAGAGGAACUCUUGGACUCUGUCAGAGUGACCAUUGGGUUCUUGGGCACUUCCCUGACAAUUCCUUCGACCUCAUGGCUUGGUUUUUGCUCCGACAUGCACUGUCAACUGCGGGACCUUAUAAAAACAGGUGUGUGCCUUUCCAAAUAAUUUCCAAUCUAUUGAAUUUACCACAGGUGGACUUCAAUCAAGUUGUAGAAACAUCUCAAGGAUGAUCAAUGGAAACAGGAUGUACCUGAGCUCUAUUUCGAGUCUCCUAGCAAAGGGUCAGAAUACUUAUGUAAAUAAGGUAUUUAUUUUUUAUAAUUUAAUUUUGAAUAAUGCUGUAAUGGAACAAAAUGUGUAAAAAGGAAAGGGUUCUGAAUACUUUAUGAAUGCACCGUACAUAGUGCAACGAAAUACUUACUUGCAGGUUCAGCUCACGACAAUAGAAAUGAAGUGAAUCAUUUUUUGGGGGGCCAUAAAUAUAAUUCAAGGCGGCACUCGGACAAAUUGUGAAUGUACAUGUGCCAGGGAAUUGUGCAAUAAUAAAUAGACAUUGUGCAGUAAUAUAAAUAGGUGUGCAUGUGUGUGUGAGUCCAUGUGUGGUAGGGUGCAGGGAGUCUGUUGUUCCGGCAGUCAGUCCCGGUUCAACAGUUAAGUAGUCUGUUGGCUUGUGGGUAAAAACUGUCUCUGAGAUGGUGGUCCGGGAACAGACAGUAACGGAGUGAAUAGUCCAUGGCUGGGCUGAACGGGGUUCUUGUCCUGUAUGGAGGGGAGCACGGUUCCAGUGAUGUACUGGGCAGUCUUCACCACCCUCUGAAGGGCCUUGCGGUCGUGAAUGGAGCAGUUUCUGUACCAAGCCGGGAUGCAGCCGGUCAGGAUGCUGUCGAUGUUGCUGCGGUAGAAUUAGGAGAGGACCCGGGGGAGCGUGCCGAUUUUCUUCAGCCACCUGAGAAAUUAGAGACGCAGUUGCACCUUCUUGACCAGGGCUGUGGUGUUGUCUGUCACUGUGAGGUUCUCUGAUGUGGACGCAGAGGAACCUGAAGCUGCUGACUCCACUGCAGUGUUGUUGAAUCCCUGCUUCCUGACGUCGGAAAUCAACUCCUUUGUUUUGCACCACACAUUUAUCCCCUUCUUUGAGAGAGAAACAGCCUAGUUAUCCUGUAAGAAUGUGUGACUUUAGAGGGCAAUGUAGGACCCAAAUAACAUGCUUCCAGGCAUAGAGCCUAGUGGGGUAUCCUGCAGGCUGAAACAAUGACAGCAUUUGUGAAUCUUAAAUAUCCAAAAUAUAAUCCGACAAGCGGAGUUCUUCACUUUCACAAAGUGCUCUGCACAAAUACUUUUCUAUUGAUGAGACUGUUAUGCCCCCCCCCACCUUUGCUAUACAGUACAACUAAGAUAUGAAGGCAAAGGCCAAAUGCAGUUCAUCAAAUUGGCAGAUUGAGAUGUCCUGGAACUGAGUUGAACAACUGUGAUAUUUUGAGCAAUGUCUGCAACUGGUUUCUUAGACCAGGCUACCUAAAUGGAAGCCAUUAAAAUGUGGACCAAC